CUCUAAUCUUCUUCUCUCUCUCUCUCUCUCUCUCUCUCUCUCAUCAGAGUUCUAAAAUCUCAAUCGUAAUUUAGGGUUUUGCAUUUCAAUUCUCAGCUUCGAUUGGUGCCACCUAGCCCUAAGAUACGAUGUCGCUCAGACCCAAUGCUAGAACCGAAGUUCGUCGCAACCGUUACAAGGUUGCCGUCGACGCUGACGAGGGUCGCCGGAGAAGAGAGGACAACAUGGUUGAGAUCCGUAAAAGUAAGCGUGAAGAGAGUCUAUUGAAGAAGAGACGUGAAGGUCUUCAAGCUCAGUUCCCUACUCCUCUUCAGUCAUCCUCCAUUGUCGAGAAAAAGUUAGAGAGUCUUCCUGCAAUGAUUGCUGGGGUUUUAUCGGAUGAUAAUAGCCAACAACUCGAAGCAACUACUCAAUUUCGGAAAUUGCUUUCAAUUGAACGUAGCCCUCCAAUCGAAGAAGUAAUUCAAUCUGGCGUUGUUCCUCGUUUUGUUGAGUUUCUAGUGAGGGAGGAUUUUCCUCAACUUCAGUUUGAGGCUGCUUGGGCACUCACAAACAUAGCAUCUGGAACUUCUGAGAACACUAAGGUAGUAAUUGAUCACGGGGCAGUGCCAAUAUUUGUCAAGCUACUUAGUUCACCUAGUGAUGAUGUUCGGGAGCAGGCUGUGUGGGCAUUGGGAAACGUUGCUGGUGACUCCCCUAGGUGCCGUGAUCUUGUUCUAAGCAAUGGUGCCCUGAUCCCGCUGUUAUCCCAGUUGAAUGAACAAGCAAAGCUUUCUAUGCUGAGAAAUGCCACAUGGACCCUGUCAAACUUUUGUCGGGGCAAGCCACAGCCUCCAUUUGAGCAGGUAAGGCCGGCGCUCCCUGCUCUUGAGCGUUUGGUUUUUUCCAAUGAUGAAGAAGUCUUGACAGAUGCAUGCUGGGCUCUCUCAUAUCUCUCUGAUGGGACAAAUGACAAAAUUCAAGCUGUGAUUGAGGCAGGUGUAUGUGGCAGACUUGUGCAGCUCCUUCUGCACCCAUCUCCUUCAGUGCUGAUUCCCGCACUUCGCACGGUGGGAAAUAUUGUAACUGGAGAUGAUAUGCAGACUCAGGCUAUUAUCAAUCAUGGUGCACUCCCAUGCCUUUUGAGCCUGUUGACCCAUAAUCAUAAGAAAAGUAUCAAGAAAGAAGCUUGCUGGACUAUAUCAAACAUCACAGCCGGAAACAAAGAGCAGAUACAGGCUGUUAUUGAAGCUGGUCUGAUUGCUCCCUUAGUUAAUCUUCUUCAAAAUGCUGAGUUUGACAUUAAAAAAGAAGCUGCAUGGGCACUCUCUAAUGGUACAUCUGGCGGUACACAUGACCAAAUCAAGUACUUGGUGAGCCAGGGUUGCAUUAAGCCUCUGUGUGAUUUGCUUGUUUGCCCUGAUCCAAGAAUUGUUACUGUCUGUCUAGAAGGUCUUGAAAAUAUUCUGAAGGUUGGAGAAGCAGAGAAAAGCUUUGGUAACACGGGAGAUGUCAAUGCGUAUGCUCAAGCUAUUGACGAUGCCGAGGGAUUGGAAAAGAUUGAAAAUUUGCAGAGUCAUGACAACAAUGAAAUUUAUGAGAAAGCUGUUAAAAUUCUCGAGACAUAUUGGUUGGAAGAUGAAGAUGAGACACUACCUCCAGGCGAUGGUUCUCAAUCUGGUUUUAAUUUUGGAGCCAAUGACCUUCCGGUCCCAUCUGGUGGAUUCAACUUCAGUUGAAGACUUCUAUUGAGAACUUGGUUGGAGGAGCAGGGUUGAUCUAGGGUGACUGUUGGGGGUUGAGUCUGGGUGGGGGUGGGGUGGGGUGGGGUCGGUCCAUGUACUUCAUGGUGUCUGGUGUCAGUCGGGUCUAGUGUCUGUAAUGAAGUGCUGGGGUGGGUCAGUCUUAACUGCCAUGUCCGAAUAAGGAGGGGGGUGGUGGGUUCAGUUAGCAGCAUAAUAUGAGCAUUGUAUCUUGUGCAGGAAAUAUAUUUUGCUGGGGAGAAAUUAUGUUGCAGUAGCAAGGACCUGUGUUGUGUGGCAAUGGGCGAAGGGGUUUUUCUUUGAAGCGGAAUUGAGUCCUAUUUUUUAUUGAGUCGUAGUUUGUAUUGGUAAUUUAUACCGACCGAGUCAGUAUUUAUUGAGUGAAUACAGUGUUCAGAACCAAAUUUUAUGUUGUAUUCUAGUGAAAAAAAUAGAGCUAUUUAAUCUCCA